AUGACGCUUUUCGUCGGCUUGGGAUAUCUGAUUUGCAUUCCUCUGGCUACCGCCAUCGGUCGACGGCCAGUAAUCAUUGGGGCCGCGGCUAUAACAACUGCUUCCACACUCUGGGCAGGCUUUGCAGGAGGUUUCUUCCAGCUCCUUGUAGCACUCAGUCUGCAAGGUUUUGCAGUUGGAGGUUCAAUUAGCAUGUGUUUACUAAUGAUCCUCGAUGCGACCUUCAUUCAUGAGCGCCCAUACGCGCUAUCUAUCUAUUGGUGUCUCGGCUCAGCAGUUAUCAAAUCUCUCACAGUUCCGCUGCCGUUCAUAACCAGCCUGUCAACAGACUGGCGGCAUGUAUAUCAACUCUGGUCUGGUGUGUCGGUACUCUCAUUGGCCCUUCUCCUCGCCUUCGUUCCAGAGACCUUCUACAUCCGCCCACCUGUUGCCUUCGACGGCCGUGUUCUGGUUCAAAACGGGUUCGAGAGAGCGCAGAUGUACGACGACUGGGACUUGCUGCAGAAUUCCCAAAAUACCAAGCCUCUACCCGACCCGCCACAGCGCUGGUCCGUGACUGAUCAACUCAAGGUCUCCAAGGCGCGAGGUGCAGAAUGGAGAUCGAUGUUGGCUACAUUCGCACAGAUGCCAUUCUGUCUCAUCAAUCCACUCAUCUUCUGGGUCGCGUUGCUCAACGCCUGUCUACUUGGAGCUGUUAUAUACCUCAACCUGCUCCAACCCAGCAUCCUCAACCAUCGGAGUGAUGAUGUAGAAACCAACAGCGUCUUUCUUUCCAUCAGCGGCGCUGUCGGUGCAUUGCUCGCACUUCCCUUCUCUGGUCCGCUCACAGCCUGGUUCACCCGCUUUCUCUCACUCAGAAGUGGGGGGACCCGCCAUGCCGAAGUUUACUUGCCUGGGUUUGCCAUACCCACCAUCACAGGCUGCCUAGCAGUCGGCCUUGCGUGUGCUGCAGUGGAGAGAGAUUGGUCAUCAGCUUGGCAAUACGUCGCCUCGACACUCAGCAUGCUCAGUUACAACACAGGAAACGUGGCCACAGUCCUCUGGAUGACAGAGGCAUUCCCUCGCUGGGCCUCUGCAGCUUUGAGUGUUCUACUAUUCACGGGCAAUCUAGUCGCCUUCAUCAUAGGCUUCAAGCUUUCUCCGUGGCUCCCAGAUGAUCAGAUUGUACCUCAAAGCAUGGUCGUUAUAGGGCUACUUGCUAUAAUGGGCAUCAUUGCUGUUCCCGUGGCAUUCUGGGGCAAGUCAGUACGUCAAUAUAUCCAGUGUCGCUGGACAUUGUCUGAAAAGGGAGUCAUACAUUCUCAGCGAACAGGCUCAGUUUCGACAUAG